AUGAAGGUACAGAGUGAUAUAACUGCAUUUGACGAGUUUGGCGAGGGCGCAAUUCGUCCUCUUCCUGAUCCCAACGACAAGGACCGACCGUGGCAUGGAUGUGGUCCUACGUACAAGGGGGAGGCAACUCCCUGCUUUGAUGGGGGCCACCUGUUUCGCAUUAUCAACCAGGAGGAGAAGAAAUGGGCUUUGUACAACGACACUAAUGCGUUCGAAAUGCAUGUUGAGUUUACCUUCGGAAAGGAAUCUCGGCUCGAAGCAUUAAACGAGACUCAGAUCACAACGAAUGAGAAUGGACAAUUCGUGGCGACGGCAGUGGUGUACCCUUUUGAGACAGUUAUGUUUGUCUCUGGUACAUGGAACGGUUACAAAAGUCACUUUGAAGGUAAGCCACUUUCUCGCGCUUACUUGGAACGGAUUGCCACAUCCACAGUGCAGGCGGUUGAGAAAGCCAUGAACGAGGUAUCACGGAUUUGUUCAUCUACCGAUCCAGAGAAAGUCCUUCAGUCUUGCAUGGUGAGUGGUGUCCCUUUCGUUGACCUCACUUUCCCACCUACGUACAAGUCGCUGGACUGCGGCAAAGGUGUGUUGAUCAAUCUUCCAUGGAGCUGCCCUGCAGAAUACCUUGCAAAGGAACUCACGGAGCAUGUAGCUCUGUUUCGAAGGCCCAUCUCGCCUUUCUCUGUGGAGCGCGGUGAUCUCAGUGAUUCCUGGGUGAUUAGCGCGAUGGCCAUUCUGAGUGAAAAACCAGAGUCCAUCAAGAACGUCUUUCGACAUCCUGUAGACGGCACCCGAACGGCCAAAGAAGCAGCAACAGGAGCCUAUCGGGCGCUUCUAAACAAGGAUGGCAUAUGGACUUCAUAUUUAGUGGACAACUAUCUACCUGUCGUCGGUGGUAAGCCACGAUUUUCUCGUAGUAGAAACGACCCAUGCGAGAUGUGGGUUUCAGUAAUGGAGAAGGCCUAUGCCAAGCGUAAUGGUGGCUUUGCUAACAUCUGUAGCGGCGAUCCGCUCAUGGCUAUUCGUGACAUUACUGGCUACCCAACUUCUCGGCUUGACUCAGCGUUCGAUGAGGCAAAAACUCACCCCGAUAAAAGCGAUGGGUUCUUUACGCGUCUCCUUAUGUUGUGCCGUGCGGGACAUACCGUGUUGUUUAGCACACCUGGUAACGGAAACGAAAGGACAGAUGCAUCCGAACACAAGGAAAAAGGCAUUGCGAUUGGCUAUGCCUUACCUGUUUUGAGUGUGGAGCAUAUAAAAGGCUACGGUCUGUUCUGUCUGCGCAACCCAUGGAGCAAUGGAGCGCAGUGGAAAGGAAACUGGAGUCCGUCCUCGCCUCUGUGGGAGCAGAAUCCAGAGGUGGCUGCAGAAUGCCCCAAUCAUGAUGGGUCCGACGGUUCUCUCUGGAUGGAUUGGACCGAUGUAAAGAAGCACUUCAUCGGAUGCGGUGUGGUCUUCAAUUUUCCGUCUUAUUAUGACUAUCGAGUGCCCGGUACCUUUACAAAGGUGGCGCCGAGUGUUUGUCUCGAGGUAUCGGUUACAUCCCCACUAACGUGCGCCUUAAUAUUGUCUCAACCGGAUCACCGUGGCACGGAUAAGGAGACGGUGGACUAUGACCCCAUUAUGUUGAAUGUGGCAUACAGCAAGGAGAAUAAUGAUCAGUUCACGGUUGCUGCAAAUACAUCGGCUGAUGCUGAUGCUCCGACCGAUCGCUAUGUUUUCCUCCUUGGGCGAGACGUGAGCAUGGUGUACGAGUUUGUGCCAGAAAAUUCACCUUACUUGAUUGUGCCACGACGGAUGGAGGAUGGUAGUGGCGCAGAGGAAGUACUGCCUUUUACGCUGGGUCUGCUUUCGCCAGAACCCAUAAAGGAGGGCGGACCGAUAAAGGUCUUGUUUAAGUCGUUGCCAGGGAGCAACGAACUGUUCGACAACUACCCCCGAUUUGCAUACGACGCUGAAUCGGCAACUGCAACCUACCAAGUGAAGCAUCGCGAUUCACGCGUUGAGACUCUAACCGGAUGCCAAAUCGAGUAA